AUGAAUAGGUAUUAUGAAUACGGUAUUAACGUAAAAAUAUUUACUAAACAAUUUACUACGAUUCAUUUUAAACUGGAUUUAAUUUAAACGCGAGUUGUAAAAAUGUUUUCUUAUUGGUGCUCUAUCAUUAUAAUAUUAUCAUUUCUACUAAAUACCAAUGCUGAUGAAGAGAAAGAAGAUAAAUCGAAAAAGGAGGAAUACAAACCUAUACAGGAACUUAUACAAAAUGUGACAAAUGGAAGAAACAAAGAGGUGAGACCUGUCAACAAAUGGGACGAACCUGUUAUAAUUUACUUUUAUUUUCAUAUGACUUAUAUUCAGGAAUUCGACGAAGUUGCCGGAAAAUUAAGUUUAAAUGGAUUUUUUGGAGUUCAGUGGAGAGACAAUACUGUGUCAUGGGAUCCUAGCGAAUAUGGCGCUUCUUCCUUUACAUUCAAUGAAGAAUUAUUUUGGAAACCAACCUUUAUAAUGUCAAAUCCGUAUGGAGAACAAAAAAUAUUAUAUAAAGAUGAUAGUGUAAAGAGGGUGCAUUAUACUGGACAAAUUGAUUGGUUUCCAAGCGAUGCAUUCGAUAUUUCAUGCCAAGCUGAUGUUACAGAUUAUCCAUUCGAUACACAAACAUGUACUUUAGCAUUUGUUUUAUCAACAUAUGACGAAAAAGAGGUAAUAUUAUGGCCAACAGCUUUUAUAACUGAAUGGUUUGUCCCACAUAAAACAUGGGAUUUGGUUGAAACGAAUCUGACCAAAAUUGCCGUUCCACAGGUGGCAAAUUUUCAUAUGAAACUGAAGAGAAAGCCUAUGUUUUUUGUUUUCAACCUAAUACUGCCAAUAGUUCUUAUGUGUAUUCUUAAUCCAUUUGUCUUUCUACUACCAGCAGAUUCAGGAGAACGCGUUGGAUUUUCUAUUACAGUAUUGUUGGCUAUUGCCGUAUUUCUAACAAUUUCCGCCUCUGGUCUUCCGGCAAUCUCAGAUCCACAAAUACCAACAUUAUCAAUUCUUCUUUUUGCUGACGUCGCAUUUAGUGGCGUAAUUGUUAUACUAGUCAUUACAAGUCUACGUUAUUAUCUGCGUGAUGAAAAUAUUCCCGUUUCAUAUCUUGGAGAAAGAUUUGUGAAGAUUUGUCGUGUACUUAGAUGCGGUUGCUGCUGCAGGAAAGGGGCGAAAGGUAAAGGUGACGAGAAUACAGACAAACAUGAAAGCAAUGAUAGUUUGGAUAUCAGUAAAAUAAAACUCUACGGAUCAGAGUAUCAGUAUAGAGGAACGAAUAGUGAGGAAAUCAACUCUUUUACCUCUAAAGAGGAGAUUACCUGGAAGAAUGUCGGAGAAGAACUUGACUUUGUUUUUGGCAUUUUCAGUGCACUUUAUAUGGUAGUAGCACAUUUAUUGUAUAUUCUUGGAAUUGUACUAGAUUUUCCUUUGUUUUCAUAAUUUUUUUAUAACUAAUUCAUGUAUCUACUUCCUUCAAUGAGAUUAAAACAGUCAGAUAUUGAUCAUUUAUAAUAUUUUGAUAUGAGCGUCACUGAUGAGUCUAUUGUAGACUAAAUUAUAAUCCUGGUACCUUUGAUAACUAUUUACAACACUGGAUCGAUGCCACUGCUGGUGGACGUUUCGUCCCCGAAGGUAUCACCAACCCAGUAGUCAACACUUCGGUGUUGACAUGGAUAUAAAAAAUGUGGUCAUUUUAUAAAUUCCUAUUUACAAAACUUUGAAUUACCGAAAAACUAAGGAUUUUCUUAUCCCAGGCAUAGUUUACCUUAGCCGUAUUUGGCACAAUUUUUUGGACUUUUGGAUCCUCAACGCUCUUCAACUUUUUACUUGUUUGGCUUUACAAAUAUUUUGAUAUGAGCGUCACUGAUGAGUCUUAUGUAGACGAAACGCGCGUCUGGCGUACUAAAUUAUAAUCCUGGUACCUUUGAUAACUAAUUAUGAUAUUGACAACAAAACGAUUAUUAAAGAAUAUGGUGUACACUUUUGUUUUUUCAAUGCUACGAAUAUGGAAUGAUUUAUAUGGUCAUUUUUAUAAAUUUUCUGUUUACAAAACUUUGAAUUAUUCGAAAAACUAAGGAUUUUCUUACCCCAGGAGUAGAUUACCUUAGCCGUAUUUGGCACAACUUUUUGGAAUUUUGGGUCCUCAAUGCUCUUCAACUUUGUAUUUGUUUGGCUUUUUAACUAUUUUGAUCUGAGCGUCACUGAUGAGUCUUAUGUAGACGAAACGCGCGUCUGGCGUAUAAAAUUAUAAUCCUGGUACUUUUGAUAACUAUUUACAGCCGAUUUCAUUGAGUGUUGAUGGAAAGAUAGAAUCCUUGGUUAGCUUACUUGUUAGCUGAACCGUGCAGUCAUUACUAGGUAAGGUAUACUACCCUUGUUUCGAAGUAGUCUUACAGGCACUUCUAUUGAUUUUGUCAUUAGCAAAUUUAAACAUAACUAAAUUUCAUUAUCUUUUAAGGCGAGAUGUAUAGAGACACAGACACGUUAAUUUUUAUUUCUAUAGAAGUCGCUCUUCACUAUCCCACUACCGAUACAUUUAUUGUUGGCAUUGCACAAGUCAUGUCUAUUAAUGACGUUAAAAUACUAAAUCCCUGGGAUGUGUUUUAGUUGAUUUUAGUCUCUGAUGCAUGAUUUUUUUUUUAUUAUUUAUUGGUUUGGGCUUUUAACUAGCUGUAAGUAACUGCCAGUACUCUCAUAUCGUAUUUUCAUGUUAAUUCGACCUGUUGAUGCUGUUUAUAAUGCUUUUUUGUUAUUUUUUAUUAUUUUUUUAUUUAUAUGGAUCUUGUCUGUACACCAGCUUUGAUUAUUUGUAAUGUCUUCAAUUUUUCACUUUUUCUGACUACAUUUGUAUAAACUUCAAGAUUAUAAUUAUUUUUUUUAAAACCGGUUUGUUUCUAAAGUGAAUAUUGAUCAAUAUUUUCGAAGGGUUAAAUAUUUCUCAGUGGUGUCCUGCCAUGGCUUUAUUUGAAUUUGUUUGUUAGCUUUUUGGUCAUGAAUCAUGUUUGUCUCUAAUAUUUAAUUAAUUGUGCAUUUGUAUUCAGAUAUCAAAUUUAUUCGUUCAUUGUGUAAUCAUACGUUUUUUGAUUGAGUUAAGUCUGCCAAUUGAUAUUUUAUCGUGUGUUUUUCUAUGUUGUGAUGUUUUGCUAUUGUUUCAGAAAAAGGGAGAAGGUUUGGAUCCAUUUAAACGUUUAAUCCCGCUGCAAAUGUUUGCACCUGUCUUGAGUCAGGAAUCUGAUGUACAGUAGUUGUCGUUUGUUUAUGUAAUAUAUACGUGUUUCUCGUUUUGUUUAUAUAGAUUAGACCGUUGGUUAUCCCGUUUUAAUGAUUUUACACUAGUAAUUUUGGGGCCCUUUAUAGCUUGUUGUUCGGUGUGAGCCAAGGCUCCGUGUUGAAAGCCGUACUUUAACCUAUAAUGGUUUACUUUUUAAAUUGUUAUUUGGAUGGAGAGUUAUCUCAUUGACACUCACACCACAUCUUCCUAUAUCUAUUUACAGAAAGAUACGUUAGUUAUAUCUGUCGGACUAGGCUACUCUUAAAGGAGGAUAGUUUAUAUAUCAUAAUAAUUACUUCAUGGUUCCGCUAACAAGCAAGCAUACCAAAGAUUCUGCCUUUCCCUACACCACUCAAAGAAAUCGGCUGUAAACGAAAAUCGGCAGAUUUCUUGUUUGUACACAUACAUUAUGAAAUUCAGUAGUAACUCAAUGAAGAAUAACAUAUAUGCAAUGCAAGCAAUCAUUAACAAUAUCGACGAUUUCAAGCAUAGAUAUUUACUAAAUAAUAAAUAUAAACAUGGGCAUAUUUCAAUACACUUUCGAGGGUGCGCUAUACCAUAGUGACUCAUUCGUGGAUUUUUAUUCAUAAAUGUAAACAAAUUUAAAAGUAGUUUAGCCGUUUUUAAAGUCAGUUACCAGAUACGUAUCAUAGAAAUACUUAAGAAUUGAAUGCUUCUUAUUGUAAAUUUAUUGGGGUGUAAAAGCGUUGACCGAAGUACAUUUUGUAUGAAGCGCUUCCGCGCUUCAUUCUAAAAAUGUACGCACGGUCAACGCUUUUACAACCCUAUAAAGUUACAAAAAGAAGCAUUCAAUACUUAUAAUUACAUUUUUUAGCUAGGAUUAUAAAAUCACCAUUUUCAUGCAGUUUAAUUUUUAAAUUCACCUGUGCACUUUAUUGUGGGACCUCGUGUCAUCAUGAAUGAAAUGUUAUUGUCUCAUGCAAUUGCUUACGGAAUAACAUGUGAUGUGCAAUUAGCCAAUCAGAAUAACGUAUUGUAAUGAAACAUACAUCUAAUGUAAUAAUU